AUGACACACGGACAGGCAGAACGUAUAGCCGAUCUCAAAUGUGCAGUUCAUAAUAAAAAGUUAUUAAAAUUGUCAACGCACCAGAAACAUAAUAAAACGGUUUCACAUAUUGGUUUGAUAGAUGUACAGGCAGACAAGGUACAGUCACUAAAAAAAGUGGAUUCGUCAGAUGUGGUGAUUAACCUGUCGGGUGAAAAGUUGGAUUAUGCAACAGUUAGCAUUUUAGCCAAAGGACUAAAUUUCGCUUUGACACCACGCAGGGUUCCUUAUGAAAGCAUCAUCGGAAGUGUCGAAGAAGCUAUCAACCGAAAUAAAAUACCAUAUAAUGACGCGGAAUCACUGAGACAGGACGUAGCAAACAUCUUAAGGAAGACAAAGCUGCCAAAAAGUAACGUUACAGCCGAAGAACGAUAUGCACUGGAAUGUAUUCGUGAAAAUGAGAAUAUCUUGGUACUCAAGGCCGACAAGGGUAAUGCUACCGUAGUAAUGAACACUUCUGAUUAUGAUAGUAAGAUACGUGUUCUAUUAUCAGAUACUAGUGUAUACAAACGUGUAUCCUACAAUCCAACGGCCAGAGUGACACGUCGAACACGAGCACUUAUUCAAGAACACCGUGACAUUUUCACUGAAGAGGAAUAUAAUAGUCUUUACAGGGCGAAACAUAUUCAAACACCAAAAUUAUAUGGCUUACCCAAAAUACACAAAAAGAACGCCCCUCUUCGACCAAUAGUUAGUCAGAUCAAUUCACCAACUUAUGAUCUGGCUAAACAUGUUGCGAAGAUCCUGCAGCCACUAGUGGGUAAGUCGUCCUCUUUUGUGAAAAAUUCUCACCAUGUCACGGACAUACUAAAAAGCACAAAACUGGAACCUACAGAGAUAAUGGUGAGUUUUGACGUUGAAUCAUUAUUCACCAAUGUUCCAGUGAAUGAGUGCAUGGAGGUGGUCAAGGAUAGGCUAUUGGAGAAAGACCUGCCGUCACAGUAUAGUGUACUUCUGAAACAUUGCUUGGAUGCAGGCUAUUUUCUGUACCAAGGUGAAUACUACCUUCAAAUAGAUGGCGUUGCAAUGGGGAGCCCAGUGGCACCAUUAGUAGCUAAUAUUUGGAUGGAGCACAUUGAGACAAAGAUUCUUACUCUUAGGCCAUUAGAAAUUAGCCUGUGGAAAAGAUAUGUAGAUGAUGUUUUUUGCAUAUUUAAUGGUACACAACAACAAGCAGACGAAUACCUAAAAUACCUAAAUUCCAUACAUUCUAAAACCAAAUUUACAAUGGAAUUGGAGAAAGAUAGGUCCUUAGCCUUCCUGGACAUCCUAGUUAUGGUGAGAUCUGAUGGCUCGGUUACACACACAGUAUACCGGAAACCAACACACACAGAUCCUCCUCAUAUCAUCACCCACGACAUUUACAAUCAGUCGUCACUACUCUCACAAACAGAGCGCAAGAUCUCUGUGCCCCUGAAUUUGUGGAACAAGAACUAUCCCACGUUCAAGAAGUACUCAAGAAAAAUGGUUACAUAA